AUGGGUGUGAGCAAAAUAUCUUUUUAUCUGCAACUUAGUAGUCAUGGUAUGAAGUUCUUUUGAUAAUUUAAUAUGGUUAAAUGUUUUAGUUUAAACAGUUGCUUUCCAAAUCCCCCCUCAGACAAACAAGUAUUAAUAAAAUACUUGCAUGGCAAUUGUACCUAUUUAUUCUAAUUUGGUUGCCAACAAUGUGUAGCCCGCUUCUAUUCAAACUCUAGUCCCUUUCCCACCUUUCCAUUAAAUACUGGUGUCAGUAGUAGCUGCUAUAUUGAUUCAAUAGGAAUUCCUCCUCUGCGUCAACACCCAGCAGUUCCAGUGGAAGAUGUGAGGUGGCUGCAUUCAUUCAUACUAGCCAGACUGAACCAAUUCCAUUUGAAGAUGCCUUACUGAUACUUAGAAGGAAACUGUUUCCCUUCAUGCAUAAUCCACAUCCAUGGAUUGAAUGUAAAUUACCUUAUUCUACUGUCAUGAAAAAAAAAUUACUCAGCAAGAUGAGGUAAUUUCAUAUUUUUUAAUAUCCAAAGAUGAGAUUGAUUUCACUGUUGGCUUACUACUAUUCUAGCUCACCCAUGGAGCCGAUCCCUAGAAGAACACAUGCAUGUAACUCCCAGAGAUAAAGCCAAAUGCUUCCCUCUCCUUAUUAAUCUUUUUAAUUUAAAAUUUCUCAUGUAUAGACAGACCAGAAACAACCAGUGAUGUACUGAGAUCAAUAAUGGCAAUUUAUUUUUACCGCAAAAAAGUGGAGGAUCUCAAAUGUCAUGACACUGAUUCUGCAAAUUUCUCUGAGUACCUCUAUCAACCUGAGAAGGAUGCCAAUGGAGAGAAGAAUCACCACCGUGAAGAUCAUAAUCAUCUACUUAAACGCAUAAUAUCCCACCUCCAUGAGGGCUUAAUUCCAGGACUGGAUUUACGGUUCCUCAGAGAUGCUCUUCAUGACCCAUCUACUGGCUUGACAUAUGAGACACUUACUAGCAAAAACAAGCAGUCGGUGCCAGACUGUGAGCGCCUAAUUAAUCCUGGAGUUAUUUCAUUUCUGGAACAGAAAGGCCAUAAAAGUGGGGCCUGUGUCAUUAAGAGAAUUUACAACUAG